UGGCAUAAAAGAUGCAGGAGGUAGAGCAGCAGCAUGACAGCACUUGGCGAUGGAAGGAUGGGGUUAGGAUGAGGAAGAAGAAAGACUGCAAGGGAUCUGGCCUGAGGUGGGGAGCUCUGAAGGAGGGCAGUUGAGGGAGAGGUGACUUUAAGCUGUCUGGACAUUUCUUGGUGUGGAGAGAGGGGAGACCUCGGCUGGGGGUGGAUGGGCAUGUGCACGUGCAAAUGUGUGUGAGUGUGAUUCUGUGUGUAUGUGUGUCUUGCAGGUGUAGUGGGAGAAAAGACACAGGCUUUAAACACCUGAAAUGUGUGCCUGCCAGCUGGUCUCCCAGCCCCACUUGCCCAUGUCACCUCAACUUGAAGGAUUGUGAAAGCCACCCUGGCUUCCUCAAGCAGGUUUCAGGAAGCACCCGAAAUCAGAAUUCCUGAAGGCGAACUCCCUGGAGAAGGUGCCUGCCCUCAGGGAUGGGAACUUCCUGCUGGCGGAGAGUCUUUCCUGCCCCACUUCUUGGGGCAGCCUGUGGAUGCCACACAGCUGGUGCAGCUGUUGGGAAGGCUGAUGUCUGCUCUGCAACACCAGGAUCCAGAGGCCCUGGUGGCCAAGCCCUUCCUGGUGACUGAGCAGGUCUCCCUGGUGGAACCGACGGUGCUCACGGAGCGGAUGCAGCAUGGGCCUGGAGCUCUACCUGGACCUGCUGUCAGCAUCCUGCCGCGCCGUCUACAUCUUCGCCAGAAAGAACAGCAUCCCCUUCGACUUUCAGUUUGUGGAUCUGCUGAAAGGUCAGCAUCACAGCAAGGAAUAUACUGAGAUCAAUCCCCUGAAGAAGCUGCCCAGCCUCAGAGAUGGAAAAUUCGUCUUAUCUGAAAGCGCGGCCAUCCUCUUGUACUUGUGCCGCAAGUACAGCACCCCCUCGCACUGGUACCCACCAGACCUGCACAUGCGCGCCCGUGUGGAUGAGUUCAUGGCCUGGCAGCACACGGCCAUUCAAAUGCCCAUGAACAAGAUACUUUGGAUCAAGCUGCUGAUCCCGAUGAUCACAGGUGAGGAGGUUCCAGCUGAGAAGACAGAGGAGAUGAUAGCAGAGGCAAACAAAAACCUGCAGCUCUUCGAGGAGAAGUUUCUGCAGGACAGAAUGUUCAUCACUGGGGACCACAUCUCACUGGCUGACUUGGUGGCCCUGGUGCAGAUGAUGCAGCCCAUAGGGAGCAACCACGAUGUCUUCCUCAACAGCUCCAAGCUGGCAGAGUGGCGCAUGAGGGUGGAGCUGGCCAUUGGCUCUGGCCUCUUCUGGGAGGCCCAUGACCGGCUGGUGAAGUUGGUAGAGUGGGACUGUUCAACGUUGGAUCCAAUGGUCAAGGAGAGGAUCUGUGACUUGCUACACAAGUUCAAGUAGAAGCAGCCCAUCCUGCAGAGCCUGGCUAGCUCAGCUCUCUGAGCCUCUUUCCUUGGCAGAGAUGCCGAAAAUGGCCCUGUUUCUUUGCCUAAUAAAGAACUGGAACAACCA